GUCCUGUGCAGACUUGAGUGAGCCCCGGAGAGGAGAUGAUGCCGGUGGUGAUUCUGUUGGAGCUCUUUUGGUGAUUUUUUUUUUCCAGGGUUUAUUUUUUCCCCGUUUAAACAAACAGAAAACUAGACUCAGAGAAAUGUUGAUGCAACAGCACCUCUUCUCUCCGCGCUUUGUUGAUCUGCUUGCCGUCUGCCCAGCAUCAGCCCGUUUUGGGGGGAUUUAAGCGACAGAGAGUGUGCUGCGCCGGCUGUGCGCUCUGCGGCUCUGGUGCACUGGAUCUUCUUCCUCGCCGCUUUAAUUCACACAGAAGGAUGAUCAGUUCUUUGCGCCGACAGGAAUAUUACUACUUCAGCUGUCACUACUCUUAUCCACUUCUUUGCCCCGGCCAGAUCGCAGUCUAAGGCGCCCCGGUCCCCUGAAGGGAAGAAGAAGCAUGUCAGAGGCACCUGUGUUGCACAUGGAAAUGAGCCGUCUGCUGCUGCUGCUGCUGCUGGACUCCAGCCUCUAAACUAAAGAGAUUAUUCCCAAAAUAACAGAAGAAAUUGGAUCCUAAGAGUUUCCUUCUGACCAGCUGAGAAUUCCUGUAGCUGCUUAACCAGCUCUAUGAUUUUCUGACUUCCCAAGCCUUUGAUUUUGGCAUCUGACUAAGAGGUGAUUAGAGAAAUCCCCCAGACCCUGUCAGAAACUCCGAAUCAGCACACUUAUACACUGAGAUGACCCAAGAACAGUGCACUCAUAGGAACAAUGUCCAGAGUUCAGAGAAACCACAAGUGUACAAAGUGGGAAUAUACGGCUGGAGGAAACGCUGCCUUUACUUCUUCGUCCUGCUGCUGAUGAUCCUGAUCCUGAUCAACUUGGCACUAACUAUCUGGAUCCUCAAAGUCAUGAACUUCACCAUAGAUGGGAUGGGAAACCUCAGAAUAACAGAGAAGGGCCUGAAACUGGAGGGGGACUCUGAGUUCCUCCAACCCCUCUAUGCCAAAGAAAUCCAGUCCAAACCAGGCCGCCCACUGUUCCUGCAGUCAUCCAGAAAUGUGUCCGUCAAUAUCGUCAACAGCAACAACAAGCUGCUCACACAGCUCGUCACAGGAUCCAGUGGAUUUAAAGCACGAGGCAAGAUGUUUGAAGUGAAAUCCACCUCUGGGAAGCUCCUGUUCUCCGCCGAUGAGCAGGAGGUGGUGGUGGGCGCAGACCGGCUCCGAGUGAUGGGGGCCGAAGGAGCCGUGUUCAGCAAAUCAGUGGAGACGCCGCAUGUCAGAGCUGAGCCGUUCAAAGAGCUGCGGCUGGAGUCUCCUACCCGCUCUCUGCUGAUGGAGGCCCCGAAGGGAAUCCAGAUCCUGGCUGAGGCCGGAGACAUCCAGGCCAUCUGCAGGAGUGAGCUGCGACUGGAGUCCAAAGACGGAGAGAUCUCGCUGGAUGCUCAGAGGAUUCGGCUGUUGCAGCUGCCGGAGGGGAAGGCCUCCACCAGCUCCUCGUCCUCUGGGACCAGGCAGACUGUCUACGAGGUUUGCGUUUGCCCCAACGGGAGGCUCUUCCUGUCCCAGGCUGGCACCGGAUCCACCUGCCAGAUCAGCAACAACGUCUGCCUCUAGGACUCAUACGUACAAAAAUAAACAAACGCAUCCUGAAAGAGAGACGGGCUAAACAGACAGAUGUACACAUAUCGCCUGCCUUUAGGACUGAUUCACAGAUAACACGUACAGAAAUACAAAGACUGCCAGAGCUGAUGGACAAACAAUCAUAGAUACUGUACUUACACACUGAUGGAAACACUUUACAAUCACAGACUGAUGUUUAGGCCCAAACGAUAUGUUUUAAGCUCCUGACAUGUUCCAGUUUAAUGCAACCUUUUUCUUUCCCUUAAUUUCCUGAGUUGAAGUCGAUCAUCAUGAGAACCUAAAAGUCUCCGCUAAGCUCUUCACACGUAGAGAUCAUUACAUGAACAAAAAGAAACAAAGUUAGGUUUUUUAAUACAGCUGAGGUCUCCGUCACAUUGGGAAUAAACUGACUCUAUUUAACAAAAGGCCAGUAUUUGUAAUAUAUCUGUGUGAUCCUAACAGUCAUACGCAGAGAUCUGUAAUCACACCACACAUAUUUUAACACGUGAACAUGGUACACACACACACACACUUUGCUUGUAGAAGCCUCCUGGUAGAAACUAAAAGGAGGAUCUCCAGAGAGUUACUGAGAGACGCUGACGUGUUCCCUUUCUCUGUCAAGAGCAUUUCAGUACGAGAAUCACUAGGGUGAUCACCUCCUUUCUUCCUCUGCCUCCAUCUUCUCUUUCCUUCCCUGUAGCUUGCUUCAGUUGAGGUUUUAAAGUUCACACCAGUGGUUCUCAAACUAGAGGGUGGGCGCUAAUUUAGAGAAAUGAUUUUUGAAGGGAAGGACGGCCUGGAAAGACUUUUGUUUCACAAAGAUUCCACUUGGAUCCUUUUAUUUUUGAUGUUUGAUAUAAAACAAAUACACGUAUAUGCAUCCAAAAACUGUGGGGUCCUAACAUUUUUCAGCCUUUGAAAGAAAGUUUGAGAACUACUGAUGGCGAAUGUUCCUAGAGUUCGAUCGGGACAUAAAACGAACGCAAAGACUUUCAAAACACUUUAAGUUCAACAGCAUUUACAGCGUGCCUCUGUCACAGUUCCUUUAUGAGUUUGUUUGAUUUUGUGGGGAUAUGUUGAUGCUAAAUUGUGACAGUAAGACCGUGUGCAAGUUGCUAUGCUUAUCAGACUGUGAAGCCAUGUUCAUGUCAUAUUGCCUUUACUCAGCUGAGCUUCUGUUCGCUUCUUUCCAAAAAAAUAUUUGGCUUCAAAGAAACAAACUGCAUGUUCUGCAAAGUGCUCGGUUUGUUUUCUUCCAAAGCAAAUCUUUUCAUAUUCUUUGAAUUUGCAGAAUUUUUAUUAAAUAUAUAAAAAGUUUUGUCCUUCAACGGGAUGCGAAGGGAUUCCUUCACAUCCCGUUUAUUAUCUCAGAAUUCUGAGUUUUUCUCGGGACCCUGAAGUUAUUUUCUCUUCAAUGUAGAUAACUUUACCUUGAGAUCAGCCAGUCUAGAAAGUACGCCACAAUAUGGUCACCUGCAGUCCAGCAACCAUCAACUGCCAGCGUAGUUACUCUAGUCUCCGUCAGAGUCAAUCUAAGUGAGCCAAAAAAGAGAAAUUAGGGGUGUUCCAGUUGAAACAGUUAAAAUAAUUGUGCAUCUGGACAUCCUAAAAUAUGUCAAAGAGCGAUGUUUCAAGUGGAAGAACAUGUUAGUGCGGUGGCCUCAUGCUUCAGGUGAUCCUGAACGGUAAGGCCAUAGCACGCUGAUCCCGUGGUUACGUUUUUCUCACGGAAAUCAUUCCCUUAACAUUCAAAGCAUAAUAAAACCACAUCAGGAACAAUCAUGUUUUCCACAUGGGUGUAGUGGUUGGGGGUGGCUUUUAUUUAUAUAGCACCAAACCACAAUAAGAGUGACCUAAAAGCAUUUUGUGUUAUAAGAAAACUCAUCAAAAUUCCAACUUUUGUUCUCUAAAGUUGGAAUUCUGAUCUUUUUAUUCCUGUUCUCUGCCACAGGGUCCAUUAACGUCCAGAGCGUUGGAGUUUUAGAUUGUGUUAGAAGGUCUCUGGUUCAGAUCUCCAGUCUAGACUCACUUUGUCGGCCUAAUCUUUUAAUCUUAACUCUUGUAUUCCUGAUGAUAUGACAUGAACAAGGCACCAGAGGCUGAAGCAUUGAUCUGUUCGAAAUCUUUAAACAUUUAAAGCAAACUGUGUUAACUUUGAAUUCUGUGGAUAUUUUGUUUAAUCUCAUGUAUUGAUUGUAUGCUAACUGUUGUUGUUGCCUGCAUAAAUUCUGACCCCUGAAAA